UGGUGGUAGUUUCUGUUUGUGGACUUUUAUCAGCUUUAUCGAAUAAUUGGUGAAUCUCUACUUUGUAAAUGACCCUAAAUUAACGCCUAUAACCUCAAGCUAUGGAGCAGCUAAGUGAUUUUUUAUUACAUUUGAAAUGAAUUAAUCCUAUAAGAGGCAGCUAACUCAGUGAUACAUUUAUCCCCCAAUGACAGUAACCAUGAGGCAACAUUGUCCUUCAGAAGUAAAUAUAUUUGGUACACAAGGCGACAGCGGACCAAGGUUCAAAUAUUCAAGGGUAAUUACAACAGGGUGAGAGAGGAAGGAAGGAACGUUGGUCUAAAUAUAUGAACAAUAACGAUGCGGAUUCUGCAAGAUAAAUAAUGGACGCUAAAGUCAGAUAUUUGGUAGAAAAAUAUGUACCCAAGAACAAGCCCGUUAACUCAGUUUUUUUUUUUAUAUGAGUAAGUGAACUGAGCUGCACUUGUCAGGGUUAAGGAGAAAUAGAGUUGCUUCACUUUCAAGAGAUGAGUCACCACGAAUAACGAGCAAGAGGCAGGCGUGGUUCAGCAGUGGGUGACAGACGACCUCUGACCCAACAUCCGGCAGGUCAUGGCUCUCAAGGUCAACAAAGACUUACUUCCCCUCAAAAUCCAUUACUUCUUCAAAUAUGGAGGGAUAGCAUUUUUCUUCCUCCUGCCAGUGGUGGCUCAGCAGAAGGGGAUCCCAACACUAGCUGUGGGUCUCAUGUGGUCUGUCACUCCCCUCACAAGCUGUGCCAUCAACUUACUGAUGAGUACAUUAGCUGAUGCUUUCAAGAUCCACCGUGCAUUAUUCCUGGCGGGGAUGGUCGUGUUCAGCUGCUCCUUUAUUACAAUCUUCCUCCUCCCCGAUGUUUCCAAGUCCUUGAGUGUUGAGACAGCAGCAACAGUCUCUCUUCAGUGCCUGGACAACAACACUAGACUGUCUGUGUGUUCCAGUGACCACCGGUACUCGUCUAACACCUCCACUUUACCUGCAUUCCAGAAGUGUGUCAAUGAUGAUGCAGUUGACCAAAUGACAAAAACUGAGGAAUAUGAAAUAAACUGCAAGAUACAGUGUACUUAUCGUCAUAAUGAAGGUUUAAGUUUUGUUAAUUUUAGUGAAAAUUUUAGAUUGCCUACAGAUUUAAUAAUGAAUGUUGGGAGUGAACAGUCCUUAUACGACGCUUGUGAGGAGAGUCAGUGUACUAUUAUCACUGAGACCGACGCCACACCAGCCUUGUCACAGUCUCUUAACUUUACUUGUGGCAUGAAUUAUGAUGCAAUGUGCACCUAUCACUAUGGUGUCCCGGGCAGUAAAUUAGAAGAAGAUAUCACCUUGAUUGAUGUAGUUAAAACAGGAGAGUUUUGGCUCAUGUUCAUUCUCUUACUGUUGGUUUAUGGUGGAAAUGCUACGACCACCACCAUUGCAGACACCGUGUGCUUCACUUUAUUGGGUACGGCUCGUCAUAAAUACGGUCGCCAGCGCAUGUGGGGGAGCCUGGGAUGGGGGUGUGUUGGUACGGUGAGCGGGGCCCUCGUGGACUACUUCACAAAGGGAGAAUCGCAAACCAACUACACUCCAGCUCUGAUUAUAUCCAUCAUCUUCCUCACAAUAAACCUGUUCGUCUCUUUGAAGAUUCCCUUUAAUAUUUCCAAAAGAGAAAAGUUAAAAGCCAGCAGUGUUGGUAAUGCCAUUUGUACCUUCAAAAUGAUGAUUUAUCUGAUGACUGUUGCAGUGGGAGGCUCGACUGUGGGAAUGAUAUGGACCUUCCUGUUCAUCAUGGUGGAGGAUGUGGCUACUGCUUGGGACCCAAAUUUUGCGCACAUAAAGCUUCUCCAAGGUCUUAUGGUGGGAACUUCUUGCUUCCUAGCAGAAGUUCCUUUCCUCUUUCUCUCAUCUUACAUCAUCAAGCGAAUCGGCAAUAUCAUCACCUUCACUAUCUCCCUGACGGCCUUCAGCAUUCGUGUUCUGCUCUACUCCUUUGUCACCAACCCCUGGUUCUUCCUGCCGGUCGACCUCCUCAACGGGGUAUCUUUUGGGCUCUUCUACCCUAACAUGAUAAGUUACGGCAGUUUAAUGUCUCCUAAAGGUGCCCAAGCUACAGUACAAAGCAUCGUCAAGUCUGUCUUUAUAGGAGGUGUGUCGUUAGGAGCGCUGUUGGGCGGGUUGUUGAUAGAGGCAGUGGGAGGCCCCAUGACCUACUUCUACCUGGGCUUAUUUGAUGUAGCCUUCACCCUCUUCUUCAUCAUUGCUCAGUUCUUCAUCUACAGGCAAGAUUCUAAAUACCCAAAAGAUGAGACAACAGAGUCUACUGUCCCGGAAGAUCACAAGAUGUUAGAUGGCACAGAACAAAUGCCAUUUGAUUGUGAUGCAGUCGAACAGCGGAGCAUCUGUGACCUACCGACUUAACUUAAGUGAUCUACAUACUUAAUCUCGUUUAUUAGUACUGUACUACACAUGCAAUGGUGUUCAAAAGUUAAAUUUUUAACUUCAAGUUAUCCACUGUGAUCUUCUGUACAGUACUACAUUACAGUUGUACAUGAUUGAAGAUUUUUCAGUCUGACUUACAUAUACACCUGUACAUGAUUGGAAAUUUUUUAGUCUAUUUUACAUACUACAUGACAUUACUUUCUAGGCUUGUUCCAGACAUUACAUGAAAACUAUUAAAAUAAAGUGUAGGUUUAAUUAAUUCUCCCCAUUUACACACUGCCUAUGAGUAACCAUAUCUGUGUUUGAUAAAUGUGAAUGAAUUUUAAAGCACUGCUGUACUGUUAGAGGUGCUAGAGAUGUAGUUUGUAAUAAUAAUAAUAAUAAUAAUAAUAAUAAUAAUAAUAAUAAUAAUAAUAAUAUUUAUUCAGUUAAAUUGUCAUACAGGUAUACAGUUGGAUAGGCUUGUAUAUAAACUAUGCAGGUGUACAGUUUCCUAUGUGCCGAGACUGUGCAGGUAUACAACAGUGGUUGACUGUAAUGCACGUGACCAGGAGGGAUGCCAUAAGAUGCUAACUCUCCUCUCUGAAAUGACGUUUAGUUCUUUUUGUACUAUUGAUCCAACAACAAGAUAGACCAGUAUUUAGAAUUGAAUUUCAUAAAUGUGCAAAGAAUAAUUUAAAAUGUGAAACUAAUUUUUGGUACAGUAUUUUAAAUUUACAGGUUGAUGUACUUAGACAUUAAUACAGUAUAAAACUCCAGUGUAAAUGUGGAAUUUAUUGUAUAGUAUUUACUAAAAACAUGUGAUAGUUUUUUAAUAGUAUAGAUUUAUAGACAGGGUAUACUAUAUUUAAUUUAUAUAGUACUAUAACUGCAAUUUGAUUUUAAAACUCCAUAAAUGAUACUCUUAUAUUACUGCAUGUAUAACACUGUGAAUCAAAUAUUUUAUCAACCAAUAAGAGAUUUUUAGUUCACUCUCGAGCUCAGCCCCUACACCAAGAAUCCUCCAAGUAUGAGGUUGGCUUCAAGGGGGUACUAUAGUGCCCGGUAGGACAGACAGGUAUUCGGUUUAAAAUAAAUAUGCCAGUUGUAUGGCCUGCCGGCAGUAGCUCAUUGUAGCGUUCUUGCCCCCCCCCCCCCAAUACCAUGUGCCCAUGUCGAGUGUCUUGUGGAUGUGUGAGUAUGUUUUGGAUGCCUUGUGAAUACAAUAAACUCUCUCAAUAACAGACUUCUCAGUAUAGUUAUAGAUACAGUAAAUCAUCUCAAUAGUUGAUACUAUAUUCUAAAUAACAGGAUCUUCACAAUAAUGGACAGUGCUUGCAAGAAGUAUGGUAGUCUAGAAAAGGACGUAUUGGAAGGAUUUACUGUACACGAUAUGCUUUAAAGUCAAUUAUCCAAUAUAUUUACUAUUUUGAUGCAUGGGUGUACUGAUUAUAAGGUUAUAAAGGUGUUUUGCAGUGAUGUAGGUCUCAAUUGCAGACGUCUGGAUGUUAUUGACAUCAAAGUUAAAAUUAGUUAGUUUAAGUAAUUUAUCAAAUUCGAUGCUGUACCCGAUAACUUUCGAUAAGUUUAUACCUAUUCAUUCUCUCUUAUUUAAGAUUUUUUUCCAUAUAUAAGAAUAAAAAUACACAUCCCUGUA